CCUUUCAGUCACUCGUCAUCACGGUCCGCUCCUGGGCAAUCAGACUGACAUGUUUAAUUCCCAAGAAAUGGGAGGGCAGCAAGCAGAAAUCCUCUGCGUUGACCUUCGCGUCAAGGAAAACAGCAAGGCUCACAGUACGCAGGAGAUCAGCAGCACCAAACGUCUCGUAGUGCGCCGUGGCCAGAACUUCCAGCUCACCCUCCACACCAGUCGGCAGUUCAAACCUGAUGCGGAUGAGCUGCUCUUCACUGUGGAGACAGGGGCAUGGCCAUCGGAGGCAAAGGGCACUCGGUGUGUGUUUGGAUUGGGGGAGACCAAUGCAAAAUCUGGCUGGACAGCCCAGGUGCAGGACAGUGACUACUCCUCCGUCACUUUGGCUAUCAGCAGUCCAGCCAAUGCCUGUGUGGGCCUGCACACUCUGACUGUGAAGGUCGGCUCACAGAAUGCAAUCUCCAAACCAGUCGCCAACCUGACGGUUCUCUUCAACCCCUGGUGUACAGAUGACUCGGUGUACCUCCAGGAUGAGGAUGAGAGGCAGGAGUAUGUGAUGAAUGAGAACGGCCUCAUCUACAGAGGCUCCAGUGACCACAUGGGGCCCAUGGAUUGGAACUUUGGACAGUUUGAGGAAGACAUGGUUGACAUCUGUCUGAAGCUGCUAGAUGUGAACCCCAAGUGCCUGUGCGACUCUGCUGAAGACUUCUCUGAACGCUGCAAUCCCAUCUAUGUAGGGAGGGUCAUCAGUGCCAUGAUCAACGCUAAUGACGACCGCGGUGUGCUAGCUGGCCGCUGGAGUGCUCCGUAUUCAGGGGGUGUGGCCCCCACCCAGUGGAGCGGCAGCGUGGACAUCCUCCGGCAGUGGUACAAGAAGCGCUGCGCACCCGUCAACUACGGCCAGUGCUGGGUGUUCGCCGGGGUGAUGUGCACUGUUAUGAGGUGUUUGGGAAUCCCCUGCCGUGUGGUCACCAACUUCAAUUCGGCCCACGACACGGACAAGAGCCUGACUAUUGACUCGUACUACGAUGAAAACGGCGAACGCGCUAAGGCCAGCCAGGACAGCGUCUGGAACUUCCAUGUAUGGGUUGAGGCAUGGAUGAAGCGUCCAGACCUCUCCAGGGAUUCAACAUAUGACGGCUGGCAGGUGCUGGACCCCACCCCUCAGGAGGAGAGCAAAGGAGUGUACUGCUGCGGUCCAUGCCCCGUUAAAGCCAUCUUGGAGGGCCACACGGACAUGAAGUACGACGCGCCGUUCGUCUUCGCGGAGGUGAACGCGGACCAGGUGUCCUGGAUGGUGGGGAGGGACGGCUCCAAGCGCAAACUCCACACCGACACCAGGACUGUGGGCAAGAACAUCAGCACCAAAGCUGUGGGCAAGAACAGACGCCAGGACCUCACGGACAACUACAAAUACCUGGUAGGCUCUAAGCGAGAGCGUGACGUGUUUGAGGAGGCAGUGAGGAGAGGAGAUAUGGAGAGGCCCACUCUGCCUCCAGUGGAGGAACCGGAGGAACCGGAGAACUUCCAAAGGCUCACCGUGAAACUGACCGAGGAGAAGCAGUCGACCGUCGGGCAGGACGUGGAGCUGACCCUGGUCAUCCACAGCGAGCACCAGACCUCCCAGGAGCUGAGCGUCAAGCUCAACGCCCAGGCCAUGAGGUACACGGGCGUGCCCGUCAGCCUGGUGUGGAGGCAGGAGAGGGACGUCCAGCUGCAGCCUAAACAAGACUUGGAGAUUUCUAUCCAGAUCCCGUAUUCUGCAUAUGGAUCCAAAAUGUUGGGCAAUGAGAGUAUGAAGGUGUCUGCCUUGGUGUUUAGUGAGCAGAACCCCAGGGAGAGCUACCUAGCUGAGAAGAACAUCGUACUGGAGGACCCCACACUCACCAUCAAGGCGCCAAGCACGUGCCACCAGUACAUGGAGAUGAGUGUGGACUUGAUGUUCCACAACGACCUGGACUGCCCUCUCAGGCACGGCCUCCUUAGGAUCUCGGGCAGUGGGCUAGUGAGAAACACCAUGCUGAUCAGUGUCCCCCACCUGCCGGCCAAUCACCGGGUGCGUCUGCAGAUCCCCAUCUCCCCGUACAGAGUAGGCAAGCACAAACUGGUGGCCAACUUCGACUGCAGCGCCCUCAGAGACAUCAAGGCCUGCUGUGACAUAGAGGUCCUUCCUGAUCCGGUCUUGAAUGGAAACAAUGGAAUAGACGACUUCAUCUGUAUAUAUCCUCUGUGAAAUAACUCAAUAAACUAAUUGAAACAUUAGCUGGCAGGUAUUGAAUGGAAAUUACUUCCACUGAGCUCAGCAUACCUGAUCCUCUUGCCUGAUUAUCAUCUACUUUCCGAUCUCUGUUUGAGGCUUGGUCUGACAACGUGCAUAACUAUGAAUGUUUCCUAGAUUUUUGUUAUCAGUGCUAUGUAAUCAGUUGAUGUUAAUGCUUAUUGUCAAUAUAGUGUAUUUAUUAUAGUGUAAAGCUGUUGCCAUCAUUACUAUUUUCUUAUGGCUAUAACUGCAAUGAUGUAUGAGCAGUUAUGUACACACUGAAUGUAACUGUCAGCCUUCAUGUUGUAUUGAAGAUGAACCUACCAGUAAAAGUUCUUAAGACAA